AUGAAGAUAAUAAAUUCGGUCGUUGUGGUCGGACUCUAUUAUGGAUUUCUGACCACAUUCUCCAUAGGGCCCUCUUAUCUCUUCCUUCUCCGAGCUCGCGUUCUGGAAGAAGGAGAAGAAGGAACCGAGAAGAAAGUAUCAGCAACAACCGGUUUUAUUACGGGACAGCUCAUGAUGUUCAUAUCGAUCUAUUAUGUGCCUCUGCAUCUAGCAUUGGGUAGACCUCAUACAAUAACUGUCCUAGCUCUACCCUAUCUUUUGUUUCAUUUCUUCUGGAACAAUCACAAACACUUUUUUGAUUAUGGAUCUACUAACAGAAAUUCAAUGCGUAAUCUUAGCAUUCAAUGUUUUUGUUGGUUGGUUAAUUGGUCACAUUUUAUUCCUAAUGUACUUAUUAGAUCUAAUAAGUACCUUGUGGCAGAAUUGAGAAAUUUUAUGGCUCGAAUCUUUAGCAGAAUACCGUCACCCAUUGUUACUAAGAAACUGAAAGCAACCUUAGAAACGGAAGAAACAGAUGUAGAAAUAGAAACAACUUCAGAAACGAAGGGGACUAAACAGGAACAAGGGGGAUCCACCGAAGAAGAUCCUUCUCCUUCCCUUUUUUCGGAAGAAAAGGAGGAUCCGGACAAAAUCGAUGAAACGGAAGAGAUACGAGUGAAUGGAAAGGAAAAAACAAAAGAUGAAUUCCAA